AAGCCGCAGCAGCAGAAGAAGAAGAAGAAGAAGAAGAAGAAGAAGCCGCAGCAGGAGGAAAAGAAGAAGAAGAAAAAGAAGAAAGUUUGACCUGUGGGACUUGUAGCAUGCAGUAGACCAGCGUAAAUUCGUUUGGUGUGAGCUCCAACUGCUGUCCCGAUGACUCCGCCAGGAAAGCUUCCGGUGUCAACAUGGCAACACUGAGGAGGCUCCAUGCGAGGUUAGCGCUGCUGCAGGGACCCCGUACCCCGAGCUGUCACAGAGCAGCACCGACGAGCUGCUCACCCCGCCACACACCUCAGCGCGUAGCCGCCCUGAGACGCGCGUCUCCCCUGCAGUUUAGGACGUUUGCGCUCUCUGCAUGGAGGGUGAGGAACACAGAUGAGUUCAGCAGCGGUCGCCACACAGGAUUUACCGAGGAGGAGGAGGAGGAGAAAGAUAAGGAUGAGGAUGAUUUCAUUGAUGACAGCGAAGCGGAGGAGCUGUUUCGACAGCAGGUUCCCACAGGCAUCGGAGAGGGUCAGCACAGGGUGUUCAUCGUUCACCCAGACGUAAAGUGGGGAAGCAGGAAGCAGUACCUGACCACAGCUGAGCUGAUGAUGGCCGAGGCUGUGGGACUUGUGAACACACUGGAGAACUGGAGAGUGGUGGACAAGAUCAUCCUCUCCACCAAAACACCAGAGAAGAAGAGGAUAUUUGGCAAAGGGAACUUCCAGUUUCUUACAGAAAAAAUCAGACAAACACCAGGAAUCACCGCUGUGUUUGUGAAUGUUGAGCGUCUCUCUCCCUUGUCUGAGAGAGAGCUGGAAGAAGCCUGGGGGGUUAAAGUCUUUGAUAGAUACUCAGUGGUCCUUCACAUCUUCCGCUGCAACGCCAGGACGAAAGAGGCCAAGUUACAGAUUUCUCUGGCAGAGAUUCCCUUGUUAAGAUCUCGUCUGAAAAAUGAAAUCACAGACUUGGACCAGCAGGGGGGAAGAACGAGAUAUAUUGGAGGUUCAGGUGAAACCCUGCUGGAGGUCCAGCAGAGACUGUUAAAGGAGCGGGAGAUGAAGAUUCGCUCAGCGCUGGAAAAACUGCGGAAAAAGAGGCACCUACUGCGAUCUCGGCGUAAACACAAGGAAUUCCCCAUCGUCUCUGUGUUGGGAUAUACGAACUGUGGAAAAACAACUUUGAUCAAAGCACUGACUGGUGAUGAUGGACUUCAGCCCAGAAACCAGCUUUUUGCCACCCUGGAUGUCACAGUUCACGCCGGCCAGUUGCCCAGUCACAUGACAGUUCUGUAUGUGGACACUAUUGGCUUCCUGUCCCAACUGCCCCACCAGCUCAUUGACUCCUUUUCUGCCACUCUGGAAGAUAUUAAACACUCAGAUGUGUUAGUUCAUGUGAGAGACGUCAGUCAUCCAGAGACGGUGAAUCAAAAGGUGAACGUUCUGAACGUCCUCAAGAACCUGCAGAUCCCUGACAGACUGAUGAGCUCCAUGAUAGAAGUCCACAAUAAAAUUGACCUUAUUGACGAUUAUCAGUUUACAGAGCCACAGGUGCUGCCCAUAUCUGCCCUGGAACGACGAGGUCUGGAUGAACUGAAGAAAGCCCUGGAAAAAGAGAUUGUGAACUCUACAGGAAAACACAUUUUAGAUCUCAAAGUGGACCUCAGCACUCCUCAGUUAAGUUGGCUGUACAAGGAAGCCACCGUUCAGGAUGUGCAGGUGAAUGCAGAUGAAGGCUCAGCUGUGGUCAUGGUCAUCAUCAGCAGCGCUGCUUAUGGACGCUACAAGAAACUCUUUGCAAAGUAGGGAGGAGAGCUAUCCCUCCUGCUCCAGGACAGCAGCUCCAAAGAAAUUACUGGUCCAUGCAAUGUAUA